AUGGUUUUUCCCGAGACACCUCGUCGUCCUCCGGCCAAUUCAUCUUCCUCAGUCGAUUUUUCGACUACUGGGCUUCCUCUUUCUCAUCCCGAUCAGUACACUCCCUACGCUCUUCAUCACAGUGACACUUCCAAUCUUAUUCUUGUUUCCGAACUUCUCACCAACGACAACUACGUUUCUUGGAGCAAAUCGAUGGUUCUUUCCCUCUCCAUCCGAAACAAACUUGGUUUCAUUGAUGGUUCUCUCCCUCGGCCUACAGGUGAUCUUCUUUCCUUAUGGAUUCGCAACAAUAAUGUUGUUGUUGCUUGGAUUCUCAACUUUGUUUCUAAGAGUAUUUCUUCAAGUAUUCUCUUCACCGAAUCAGCUCGAGAAAUCUGGCUUGACCUUCAAGAUUGUUUCCAAAGACGCAACGGACCUCGCAUUUUUCCAUCUCAAAUGCGAGUUAUCCAGCCUCAAGCAAGAUCAAGACUUUGUCACUAUAUAUUUUACUAA